AUGUCUACCGUCCCUUCCCGCUCCCUCCAGGCAUCAGCCUUGACCUUCGUCAUCCUCUCCAUCGGACACACGCUCGGCGGCAAAGAAUGGACUGCCGAAAAGGUCUUCAAGAACAUCAAGGGAUCUAGACCCUGGGCUUGUGGUACUGUUGGUUGGUACCAGGGAAGCGCAUUCUUCCUCCUUACCGGAAUUCUCCACUACCAAUGGUCCAAGGAUCCGUCUGCCCUGCAGGACCCGCUGAACAAGGCUAUGGCGGCCAUUGUGAACGUCCUGCUUUGGUCUAGCUCGGCUUGGUAUGCUAAAACGGGUGUUAAGGAGAACGCGGUUGUCGUGGGGCUGUCGGCUGCGCUGCAGGCUUUCAGUGUCGGCAAGCAUCUGCUGUAG